AUGCAUAACAAGACUAAAACAUGCACGGGGCCAAUUGGCAGCAGUCUGGAAAAUACUUUUAGAGUCUCUGUCAAAGUAAUGAAAUGUAUUAAACCAGUGAAAAUGGAAGAUAUCAUUCUUGGUCAGUACGUCAGGGAUCCCCAAGCAAAAGAGGGCGAUGCAUGCCUAGGUUAUCGUGACGAUAAGGAUGUUCCCGAGGAUUCUGUUACGCCGACAUAUGCGCUGGCGGUCCUGAAAGUGGAUAAUGAACGUUGGGAUGGUGUUCCGUUCAUUCUGAAAUGCGGCAAA